AUGAAACUUCUAACGUAUGAGUUUACGAUUGCUGAUGUCGUCGUGCCGCCCUUGGCGCAUCUCAACCUUCCAGAUGGGAUCGAAGCUGUCAGGAAGAGUAUUGAUGUCAGCAUGAGUAGCAUUCCAACCCUGACAGAUGAGACUACCAGAUACAUCCAGGAUUUACAGGCCAACGCCGACAGAGGUUUCGACACGGCAUCUGGGAGGAUCGAUCUGAGUGCAAUCGAGGCGCUAGACGGAGUUGAUCUGCGGCAGCUCGAGUCGUUCCAGCACGUUAAUGGCAAGAGUCAUGAGCUCGACAACCUGUACCAAGUUGUUAAAGCCAAGGGACAUGUCAAGUGGGUGUGCUUGGACCACUACUGCGACAACUAUCGACAUUCUGCAACGCAGCACUUUGGUUUUGUCAGGGCCGGCGAUGGGUGGUACAAUAUCGACGAUGGCUCUGUCUCUUUUAGCAACGUGACAAUUGAGGAUCUCCGGGCUCUUGAGGCUGCCAUCCACAAGAGAAAUUUUACCGACCUUUUACCGACCUGA